AUGAGUUUAAAGGAAGAGCUGAGCCAAAGAAUGCAAAAUAGGGAUGAUCAGUUCCUUACUUUCGUUUAUACGGCCAAUACGGAUGCGAUAGCCCCCAAACUCAGGUCUGACAAAAACCACCAAUCAGAAUCAAUUGUUGACUUCAAUGCAUGGGAGUUUUUGUCAAAUCUAGAACAAGGAAGAGACAGUACUACUGGCACACAAGCACUUCCGAUGCCAAGAGUUGAGCUAACUAAAUCGAAACGAUCUAGCAGCUUUCAUUGCAUUACAGAACAUGACAACCUGCAGAAUUCUCAAGAGUGGAAUCAUAGGUGUGUGGGCCGAGCUAGGAGUUUCCACACGGUAGAGGAAUUUGAUGCCAUAAUGGUUCAAAGAAGCAGUUUGUCUGACGCCAAGCUGCAAGUUUAUGAAAGCCAGCACAUAAAGGAUGAAAUCUCACUAGAAAAGACUCCCAUCAUGCCUAGUUCACAGCUACACAAUGAAUUGAAGGCAGGCGAGGAGUCUCCUCAAGAAGGAAAUAUCUCAGAGAAGGGGAGUAAGAGAAAGAAGAUUGCAAAAGCGCUAGACUCACUUGAAAUUCCACAUACAGUUGAAUUCUGCACUAUUGCAAGCCUCAAGGAAUGGCUUCACUCUGGUGGAGCUUAUAUAACUCCAAAAUUUGGCAGCUACUCUUUACCAAGCUCGGGGACUAGAGCAAAUGAAUGCAAUGAGUGUGCUAUUUUCAGUCCUGAAUUGGUUGCCGCUUUUGAAGAACGUAUGCAACAACUUGAAGCAGAAGCAGAAAGCGUUCUCAAACAGAUUUCUGAGAAAAAAUGUGCCCAAGAUGAAAUUUUAUCAAAUAUAACUAGAGGCUUGAGCAAGUAG